CUCACUCUUCCCUCUCUGUUUUUCAAACCACUUACUUCCACUUCCAAUUGCGUCGCCGCGAAGUUCAAAAUCGCACUCCGCCGGCGCCGCUGCUUCCAUCAACGGCAACUCCCUUCCACCUCCGUCAAUUUUCCACGCGUUUACCAUCCAAAAAAUCUCUUAUAAAACCGCUCCAACUCAUCAUCGUCACAGUCAAUAAUCUUCAGCUUCCGUAGAAAUCAAAAUCUGCAGUUAAUCUGAAUUCGUCUCAACCGCAGCAUCGGAAUCCGUUCAAAUCAGCAUCCUCUCCGUCCGAUUCCUCUUCGACCGAGCCUUCGGAAAUGUCUCGUCGGAGCGAUUUCCCGCGGAUUACGACGAUCGCGCUGAUCAGCGUUUUCGUGGCGGUCUUCGUGGCGGAGAUUACGAAGGCGGCGGCGACCGCGGCGAUUCUGAUCACCGUCGAUCAAUCCGGUAGAGGAAAUUUUACGAAGAUUCAAGACGCAAUCGACGCGGUGCCGGUUAAUAACGUAGAACAGGUGUUUAUCGCCGUGAAGCCGGGGAUUUACAGAGAGAAGGUGAUCGUUCCGGCGAACAAACCGUUUAUCACGAUCAGCGGAAGAAGAGCAGUUGAUACGAUCGUGACUUGGAACGAUAGCAGAAUCACUUAUAAUUCUGCAACUCUCGCCGUUUUGGCUUCCGAUUUCGUCGGACGAUACCUCACAAUUCAGAACGGGUUCGGGCCGGGUGCGCAAGCGGUGGCGCUACGGGUAUCCGGAGACAGGGUGUCGUUCAAUGCGUGCAGGUUUUUGGGGCAUCAGGACACCCUUCUGGACGACAUCGGCCGCCAUUACUACAAGAGCUGUUACAUCGAAGGAGCCACCGAUUUCAUUUGCGGAAACGCAGCUUCCCUCUUCGAGAAUUGCCAUCUGCAUUCGGUGUCGGACGCGGUGGGGACCAUCACGGCCCAACGGAGGGAGUCCCCGUCGGAGACUACGGGGUUCAGUUUCAUGGGGUGCAAGAUUACGGGCAUAAACUCCGCCGUUUUGGGAAGGCCGUGGGGGGCCUACUCUAGGGUCGUGUUUGGAUACACGUAUAUGUCUGAUCUUAUUCUGCCCCAGGGCUGGGAUGACUGGCAAGACCCAUCCAAACACAGCACGGUGUACUAUGGGCAAUACAGAUGUUAUGGGAAAGGAGCCAAUCCGUCCAGAAGGGUACCAUGGUCAUUAACCAACAUGACCAGCCAAGAAGCUGCACCAUUCUUCAACAAGAGCUUCAUCGGCGCCGCCGAUUGGCUCCGGCCGCUCCCAACCACUUUCAAGAGAGCCUUCUCUUCCAAACCUUAACCAAAAAUAAUUUAAAACAAAUUAAAUUCCCCCCCUUUUUUUACAUACAUAUAUUCACAAUUCAAUCUCAAUACUCCAACGUAAACUUAAUAAAUCAAUAAAUAUUACAUCAUUCUUUCCUACCUUAUUGGCUCUAGUUCUUGUCAAAGUCAACAAUAUCCUAAGUACUCUAUAUAACUCUAUGAUAUUUUUCGAAUUUUACUUUUGAUUUCACUCCAAAGUGUUAAGCAUCCCACAUUGAAAAGAAAAGGGACCUAACAAACAAUGAUUUAUAAUAGACAUAAGCUACUGCUCUCAUUGCCAAUUGAUUUUGAGAUGAAACCUUAUUAAUAUUGAUGUAAAGAUAUUGUACUCAUGACCAAUGAAUAUAUUGUCCCUCACUUAUA